AUAGUAGAGAAUGUACAACCAGAAUGGACGUUAUUGCGUUUUCUUCGAAACCAAUUACAUUUAACUGGGACGAAAUUGGCAUGUGGCGAAGGAGGUUGUGGAGCCUGUACUGCUAUGAUCUCGAGAUACGAUCGAUUUGAAGAAAAAAUCAUCCACUAUACAGUGAACACUUGUCUAAUUCCGUUGUGCACUCUGGAUUUUACUGCUGUAACCACGGUUGAGGGAAUAGGAAGUACAAACACUAAAUUGCAUCCAGUUCAGGAGCGAAUUGCUAAAACUCAUGGAUCUCAAUGUGGAUUUUGCACACCUGGAUUUGUCAUGUCUAUGUAUACAUUACUUCGAAAUAAUCCACAGCCAACAGAAGAAGAAAUCGAAUCAGCAUGUGAAGGUAAUUUAUGUCGAUGUACCGGAUAUCGAGGGAUACUUGAUGGAUUUAAAACAUUUUCCAAGAGUUAUUGCUGCAAGAAAGAACUAAAGAACGCUGAAGGAGAAAUGACCUGCAAAUUAUACAGCUUGUCUGAAUUUGAAGAGUAUGAUCCCUCUCAGGACCUCAUAUUUCCUCCAGAGUUACUGAUCAUGAAGGACCGACCUCAACAUAGUCUAAGCAUUACUGGCAAACAAUUUACCUGGUUUAGGCCAUCUACUAUAGAUGAACUCUUAUCCCUCAAGAAAGAGUAUCCCGCGGCGAAACUAGUGGUUGGAAAUACAGAAAUUGGUCUUGAAAUGAAAUCGAAAUGCCUUCGAUAUCCAGUUUUAAUUUCACCAUGUGAAAUACCACAGUUAAAUGGCGUACAUUAUGCAAAUGAAGGAAUUGAGCUUGGUGCAUGUAUUAGCUUGACAAGAUUAAAUAAAGUUUUAAAGGAAGUAAUCGAAAAAUUACCAGAAUAUAAGACAAGAGUCUUUGCAGCUAUAGUUGAAAUGCUACGAUGGUUUGGUGGGCAACAAAUUAGGAAUGUUGGCAGUAUCGUUGGCAAUAUUAUGAACGCGAGUCCAAUCUCUGAUCUAAAUCCGUUAUUCUUAGCAGCUAAGGCGAAGUUGACUAUCCAAUCAGUAGAUGGUCUUAAGAAGGUUAUUACUAUGGACGAAAACUUUUUUACCAGUUACCGUAAAACUUGCAUAAAGGAAGAUGAAAUUGUUAUUUCCAUUCUUAUUCCCUAUACUAUCGAGAACGAAUAUUUUUACGGAUUUAAACAAGCUCGUCGACGCACUGAUGAUUUAGCGAUAGUUAAUGCUGGAAUGCGAAUUAUUAUAAGUAAAUCGGAGCGAGAGUCGAACUUUACUAUUAAGGAUUGCUUAUUGUGCUUCGGUGGUAUGGCUGCAGUAACCGUUAUUGCUAAGCAAGCAAGCAAUUUCCUGAUUGGAAGGCAAGCUAAAUUACUUCUACUAGAUAUAUUGCCGUGGAAUACAACUUUAACUGAAUCUGUUAUUCAUUUAUUAAACGAAGAUAUGCCGUUGCCUUUCUCUGCUCCUGGAGGAAUGAUCGAAUUUAGGAAAGCUUUAGCAGCGAGUUUCUUUUUUAAAUUCUACUUAUUGGUUACGUCCCAGAUAUCGAUAGAAAAGGAAAAUUUAACCAGUCAACUGCCAACUUCUUAUUUAAGUGCUUGCUCUGUCUUUAAACAAGAUCCAAUGCAGAGUAUUCAAGUAUUUGAGAAACCCGACCCUAAUUUGCCGCCAGAUAGUGGCAUGAGAAAGCCAAUUGUCCAUCAAUCUGCUUUAACACAAGCAACGGGAGAAGCUAUCUACAGUGAUGAUUUACCCACUUUUUCAAAUGAAUUAAAUGCUAGUUUAGUGCUGAGUAAAAAGCCGCAUGCUGUAAUUAAAUCUAUAAGAUUUGAAAAAGCACUCCAAAUGCCAGGUGUUGUAAGUCAUGUUACAGCAGCGGAUAUUCCCGGAACUAAUCAUUUUGGCCCUGCUGUUGCCGACGAUGAAGUAUUUGCUACUACAAAGGUUACUUGCAUAGGUCAUAUUAUUGGAGUUAUUUUAGCGGAUACUAAAGAACAUGCUGAUGAUGCGGUUGCAGCCGUAGAAAUCGAAUACAAAGAUUUACCUGCAAUAUUAACCAUAGAAGAAGCGAUAGAAGCAAAAUCUUUUUACCAACCGAUCCGCCAUCGUCAAGUAGGAGAUGUAGAGCAGGAAUUGGAAAUGUCCGAUCAAGUUAUCGAGGGAGAGCUUCGAAUUGGUGGACAGGAACAUUUCUAUUUCGAAACACAAAGUUGUCUGGCAUUACCUAAGCUUGAAAACGGUGAAAUGGAAAUUUUUGCUUCUACUCAGAAUCCUAGCGGAACACAAUUAACAGCGGCAAGGACUUUAGCUAUUCCAGCUAAUAGAGUUGUGUGUCGAGUUAAACGCUUAGGAGGAGGAUUUGGUGGAAAAGAAACACGGACAGUCGGAUUUACCACAGCAAUUGCAGUUGCGGCACAAAAGGUUAGAAAGCCAGUUCGAUGUGUUCUGGAAAGAGAUAUUGACAUGUCAAUAACUGGAACAAGACAUCCUUUUUUAUUUAGAUAUAAGGUUGGAUUUUCUAAUAAUGGAGCUGUUCGUGCUUUAAAAAUUCGUAUGUAUUCUAACGCUGGAAACUCGUUCGAUUUGUCCUUAGCGGUUAUGGAGCGUGCCUUAAUAGGAUUUCGAAGCUGUUACCAUUUUUCAAAUAUUGAUAUUAUGGGUUAUAUAUGUAAAACAAAUAUUCCAUCCAACACAGCUUUUAGAGGAUUUGGUUCUCCUCAGGGAAUGUUAUUAACCGAGACGAUAUUAAAUGAUGUUGCUACAGCAUGUGAUCUUCCUCCAUUGAAGGUGGUUAGAGAGGUUAACCUGCAUAAAGACGGUGAUUUGGCUCAUUAUAAUAUGACUGUGGAGAAUAGCAAAGCUAGCCUUGUUUUACAGCAAGUCGUUGAAAAGAGUCAUUACGAACGUCGCAAACAACAAAUUAGUUCCUUCAAUAGAGAAAAUCGAUGGAAGAAACGCGGUAUUGCUGUCAUUCCUACCGGCUUCCCAAUAUCCUAUCCAUUAAAGUUUUUUAAUCAGGGUGGCGCUCUAGUUAUGAUUUAUCUAGAUGGUUCAGUUUUACUAUCUCAUGGCGGAACUGAAAUGGGCCAAGGUUUACAUACUAAAUUAACACAGAUUUGUUCGCACGUUUUGGGAGUACCAGUUGAGAAGGUACAUAUGCUUGAGACAUCAACGUCGUCUGUUCCCAACACUACGCCAACAUCGGCAUCCGUAGCUACCGACUUAAAUGGUGGAGCAGUUCUUAAUGCGUGUGAAAAGUUAAAAGAUAGGAUUGCUCCUUAUCAAGCUGCUAAUCCAAAAGGAAAAUGGGAAGAUUGGAUCACUGCUGCCUACCUGGACAGAGUAAAUCUGUCCGCUAAUGGAUUCUAUCGGCUCCCUGAUCGUGUAAAUUAUGACUGGGAGGCGAAUACCGGCCAGCCGUUUUAUUAUAUAACAUAUGGUGCUGCAGUAUCUGAAGUUGAGAUUGACACCUUAACUGGAAGUCAUCAUAUAAUACGGUCGGAUAUUGUCAUGGAUGUUGGCAAAAGUAUUAAUCCUGCCAUCGACAUUGGCCAAAUUGAGGGGGCCUUUAUGCAAGGAAUUGGAUUAUUUACAUUAGAAGAGCAAUAUUUCUCGCCAGAGGGGAAACUAUUAACUCGUGGGCCAUCAACCUAUAAAUUACCAACUUCUAGGGAUAUUCCAAAUGAAUUUUACGUUUCCUUAUUACCGAAUGUUCCGAAUGAUAAAGCAGUCUUUUCUUCCAAGGGGAUUGGAGAACCGCCAUUGUUUUUAGGAUCGUCAGUAUUCUUCGCAAUUAAAGAUGCUAUCAACUCUGCGAGGUAUAAUAUACAGCAAGAAGUUGGUUUAGGCCUUAUAUAUAGAUUGGAUAGCCCUGGUACAUGUGAACGCAUUAGAAUGGCAUGUCAAGAUCAAAUUACCACAGCGGUAUUCCAUUAUUAUAUUAUUUGA